UUUGAGGUUUGACUGAAACGCUAUGGUGCGUCGUAUAGCGUCGCAAGUGCACCAGCAGGCGCUGCGCCUUUUGAAGGGCAACCUUAUCGACCAACCAGUAUGGCUUGGUUCCGUUCUCCAGUAUCCGCCUUUGCCCCUUCCCCCCAAAGCACCUCCUCCACGAUCUACCUUUGACAUGGCGUCUCCUAAAUCGACUCGGCUUGCAGGGACCGUCGAAAAACUACGCCCACCAAAAAACAGACCGUCGUCUAUCGUCUACAUCGAGGAUGAAGUCCGCCGCCGUUUCUUCCGCGACCAUCCCUUUGAGGCCUUCCGACCUGUGACGUUGACCGAACGCGAAGCUAUACGGCAGCUGCAUCCCGUGCAAGGACGUGAUUGGCGGAGACUGAGGCAGUGGGGCCGGAAUCCUUCACCAGACGACGCCAUACGAUUUGCCGUCAACCUGUAUGAACACCACAAUCUCCCUCUCACAUUCGCCUACACCCGGGCAGUCGCCCAGUUCCGUGCGCUGCGCUCUGAACACCAGGUUGCACGUCGAUUUGCGGUUCUGGAAGUUGAGAGCUACGGGCGGGUAUUCAAAACGUCGCAAGUGCAACUUGGGUUCGAGAAGGAAAAGAAGGCGUUGGAUACUUGGGAAGAGGCCUCGAGUGUGGAUGCAGGAGAGUUCGCUGCAAGGAAGAGGUGGAGGUCCAUUGCAGCUAACUUUGCUGGUGGUGCUCAGGAAUGGACGAGAGGCGAGCAGUACACCGCACUAUGGAGGAAGGGCGUCAGGCCUACGUAUGCACCGGCACUUACAGAGGUCAAGUAUCCGCCUAUGUUGGCCCAAUUACCAGAGGCAGCAGCACAUAUUGGAGCUCCACAGCCAGCGGGAGCAGGUCAAACACCAACAUCGGCGGCCCGACCACAGCCUGUGUACAAUAGAACAGCCUAACAAUGGAUAAUUCUAACUGGGGCCGCAGAAAAUGAAUACGUAUAGGACAUGUCGUGAUCAUGACUUUACGCGAGCUUGAGCUGCCUGUGCAGCGUUCAUACCCAUCCACGCCUUCUCUACCAAACCCAACAACUUUUGCAUGUCUGAACUCCAGUCAUUCAUCACAUCCUCUGGACUUCGUUGGUUUCUAAAGUUGACAAUCCCAGAUGGUCGAUCAAUCCGCGCCCAAACCGUUUUUGAAACAACUAGACGCGCAAGGGUUUCUUCUGUCUGCUUGGGUGUCAGAUCCAGAAGAGAGGUCAGCCUUUGCAAAGUUAUCCGUGUAUAGUACUCGGCAACAACGCGGAUAUU